AUGAUUCCCUCUAUCGCCUUCAGCGUGCCAGACUUGGAUGGUGUAGCAAAACUCGAAUUAUUUGCCGGCGAGGAUCAGACCAAGGAUGUUGCCUGUGUCCAGUCAACCGUCAGCAACGGAAAGACGAUGAACGUCCAGGCAGUCACCUACGUCGCCGCUGGCAUGGCUGGCGCCGCUUUGGGUAUAUCUGCUAUCGGUGCUGUGGUCGGCGGGUUUCACGUUGGUGGAGCUUCACCGAGUCCGACGUUUGGAGAGACCUUUGGCUGGUUCCAAGGUAUCGCUACGAACGGCAUGCUCAGUGUUUCGUAUCCUGCCAUCUACCACAGCUUCUCCAAGAACUUUGGAUUCAGUACUGGUCUCAUUCCCUGGGCUAGCAUGCAGAAGACCAUUGACAGCUUCCGCGAUAGAACCGGCGGAGACUUGACAACCGACAGCUGGAACUACUUGCAGAAUGUGACUUUGGUUGACGACACCACAAGCAGCAACCUCGGCAACCUCACCAAGCGCAGCAUUGACACCAUGUUCCUCUACGCCAGAGACUUCACCACUAGUGUCAACGGUACUACAUCAACCAUCGGCAACUCGACAAGCUCUGGCAAUGGCACAACUACUGAGAGCAAACCUAUGCACUACGUCCAUGGUAUCCAGGCUUACGUGGAAAAGCUCUCCAUCCCCCAAGGAAACACCUUCAUGACCAUCUUGCUCUUCUUCGCCAUCGUCAUUGCCGUGAUCACCGUUGGAAUCUUGCUCACCAAGGUCAUCCUUGAAGCCCUGGCCCUCAUGGGUAACCUUCCCAAGUCCAUGAACAGCUUCCGCAAGCGUUACUGGUGGCGCCUGGCAAAAACUAUUACCAACUUGGUCAUGCUUGCUUAUGGUGUUUGGACCCUUUACUGCGUGUAUCAGUUCACCGAUGGCGACUCCUGGGCAGCCAAGGUCCUCGCUGGAGUAACCUGGGCCAUUUUCACUUGCAUUCUCGGAUUUUUUGCUUUCACAAUCUGGCACAAAGCCAAGAAAUACAAGCAAAUGGAUGGUGAUGCAAGCAUGCUGUUUGAGCACAAGGAGACUUGGGUCAGAUAUGCCUUCCUCUACGAAAACUUCAAGAAAGGAUACUGGUGGCUGUUCAUCCCUACCAUCGUCUAUGCAUUUGCUAAGAACGCCUUGAUCGCUGGAGCCAACGGACACGGACUCACCCAGACUAUUGGUCAGAUUGUCAUCGAAUCCCUUCUACUCAUCCUGCUUGUCUGGUCAAGACCUUACACACUCAAGAGCGGCAACGUCAUCAACAUCACCAUCCAGGUCGUUCGUGUCAUUUCGGUCAUUUGCGUGCUCGUCUUUGUUGAGGAGCUUGGUAUCAGCCAGACGACCAAGACUGUGACAGGCCUUGUUCUGAUUGUUGUACAAUCUGUUCUGACUGGUGUUCUCGCCAUUCUCAUCGCCGUCAACGCCAUCAUCACUUGUGUUCGCGCCAACCCUCACCGCAAGAAGAGAAAGGAGGCCGGUAAGUUUGAAAAUGAUUACUUGUGCAAGACCAAGACUAACGUCCGAACCNNAGAAAAACUCAACCACGACCUCGACGACCUCACACCCCUGGAUGCGCGCAACUCUCUCCUCAUGGACCCUACACAACUCACCGAGUACAAGGGCGCAGGCUCGCCAGUGGUGUCCGAAUACAAAAAGGCACCUUUGGUGUCUCCUUCGCUCAACAGCACAAGCAAGAGGUCGAGCAAGAUUGGCUACGACGCUCUGUCGAAGAAAUCGCCCGGCCUGUACGCAGCAAGACCAGGAAUCUCGCGGGACGAGAGCCAGCAAAAUCUUGUUUCAGACGCAGCCAGCAUGGGUGGCAGAGACCGAAGUAAUAGCCCUGCGGCGCGAGAGCCAAGAUUGCCCGAUAUUGAAUUGGGACAGUUUGACUUCCGCCAUCAGCAUUGA